AUGUCAGACGUCGAAGAGACCAUCAAGCGAAUUCAGUCCCAAAAGGGUGUCGUUGGCGUGAUUGUUAUGGAUAGUGCUGGCCGAGCUAUCCGUUCCACACUCGAUGACGACUCCACUACGAAGCACUCGUCACUUCUUCAGCAGCUUUGCGAGAAGUCGAAGGAAGUCGUACGAGAACUAGAUGGUUCCAACGAUCUGACAUUUCUGCAGCUUCGGACAAGGAAGAAUGAAAUAAUGAUUGCACCCGACAAGGACUAUCUUUUGGCCGUCAUUGAGAAUUUAGCCCCGUGA